AUGAGCAAUCCAACAUCACCUAGUGAGACUUCCUCACUGUCAUUGUCAUCUCAGUCUGGAGUGUCUGUCAGCGAGAAGAUCAAUCCAAUAUCAUCGUCAACGGGCAACCCUACGAUCAGUCCACUGUCUACAUUCACACCUGGCGUACCAUCGUCACUAUCUGCCUCCAACUCUCCAUUGACAUCACUUCAUCAAUCAUCAUAUAGUGGAGUUGGCGGUGGUGUUGGUGUUGGCGUUGGCAAUGCACCACCUACCUCUAGUAAUAACAUGAUGAUGACAGGCGCUACUACAACAACAACACCAUCAUCUGCGACUGCUGGUGGAGUACCUUCAUCUCUAUCGACACAACCAAUGACACUGCCACAGAAAGAGAUCAGCGUCAGUUGCUUCGAAUACCUCUACAUCGAAAUCAUUCAAUAUAUAGUUGCCUCUUGCAAGACCGACAAGACACAGAUCGCCAAGCGACUCGAGAAGCUAGGCUUCAAAGUGGGACACAAGUUAGUCGACAAACUGUCGAUCGACCCAACGACAUUGUACACAGACCCAUUGGACAUUGUAAAGUUUAUCUGUAAGGUGUUCUGGAUGGCCGUGUUCAAGAAGUCGGUGGACAGUUUGAGGACUAAUCAUAAGGGCAUCUUUGUGCUGACGGAGCAAAAGUUCCAAUGGCUGCUGCAUCUCUCAUUCGAUCCGAGCUCCACCAACAAGGACUGCUCAGAGUACGUCCACUUUGCCGUUGGCCUCGUCAAAGGCGCCAUGGCCAACUUUGGUUACAAGACAUCAGUAGGCUUCGAGAUACAACACAAUCAUACAGUAGUAUUCACGAUCAGAUUGGAACAAUAA